AUGGCUGCAACCUUUAUGAUUAUGUCUGCUGCAAGCGAGAGAAGAAGGAAACCCCCGCGACCACGGAAAUUCAGAGAUCGGACAAAUCCUUUAGACAAUUUGUCCGAUUUUGACACAAUAGCUAGGUACCGUUUGCCGAGACAGGAGAUAGUAGAGCUCCUUAAUUCAGUUAAAAGAAGACUACAAAGACCAACAGCACGAAGCCGUGCUGUUCCUGAUAUCACACAGUUAUUAGUGUGUCUGCGUUACCUAGCAAAGGGAGAUUUCCAGUCAGAAUGCGCAGAUUUACACGGAAUAUCUCAGCCUACGGUCUCAAGGAUUAUUGGGAGUGUUUUGCUGGCCUUAGAUUCUGAACUAAAUAAUGUGAAGUUUCCCACAACAAAUGAGGAAAUCAUCAAGACUAAAACAAAGUUUUUCAACAUAGCAAAUUUUCCCGGAGUAAUAGGAGCUGUUGAUGGCACUCUGGUUCCAAUUUUAGCGCCAAAAGAAGAUGAGUUUGCAUAUGUAUGCAGGAAGGGCUUCCAUGCCCUUAACGUCCAGGGGGUCGUCGACGCAACGUUAAGAUUCACAAAUUAUGUGUGCAAGUGGCCUGGCUCAGUGCACGACAGCUUCAUUUUUCGAGAGUGUCACCUGUAUGAGCUCCUACAAAAUCAACAUCUUGGAUGGCUUCUUGGCGACUCCGGCUACGCCCUUAAGUCCUUCUUGAUGACGCCGAAGAAUAACCCUCAAACCGAGGCAGAAGAAAAGUACAACAGGGCUCACAGUCAAACAAGGAUAGUUGUUGAAAGGGCGUUCGGCGUCCUUAAGUCUAGAUUCAGAUGUUUGCACAAGACAGGAGGUUGCUUGCCUUUUGCACCCCAUAAAUGCAUUAAGGUCAUAAGUGUGGCGAUUAAACUUCACAACUGGUGCAUAGACAAAAAGGUCCCUUUACUGGCCCCUGACUGCAACCAGGACGCACAGGAUGAUGCGGAGAAUGACAUUGAGAUUAACACUGAUCGGGACGGAUCCCAGCAAAGAGAAAGACUUGUCCAAUUAUUUGCAUGAAGCUAGUUGAAGAAAUUAGAUGUUUCCCCUUUUUCUAACGGGUAUCGAUGACUUUCAAUCAUUGACUUUUCACAUCUGUCAGUAUUAAUUAUUUGCAUUGAUGAACAUGACAAUAACUUUAAUUAAUUGCUAUAAAAUAAUGAUAUUUGGUAAAUUUUAGCUGUGCUCGGGUUUUGGGGUCACAAAAUUGGGAGAGCUUUGCCAUACUUUAAUAAAACAUUAGUGGAAUUUUAG